CGUUGAUAACGAUACGAUUGUUGGUCCACUGAGAAUCUUGGCUCAUGAAAUGGGGCACAACUUUGGAUUCGCACACAGUCAUCCUCCUUGCAAGUGUUUGACUCCCAAGGGAUGCUUCAUGGGAUUAGGUGGCAGUGGCAGUCUUCCUGGUUUUACCGAUUGCAAUUUGAACACCUUGAAAAAGAAGAUUUACCCUUGCUUAUUCAACGUACCAGAACAUAAUUUGAAUCCGAAAUGUGGCAACGGAAUCAAAGAGAAUGAUGAGGAGUGUGAUUGUGGAACACCCGAGAUGUGUAAGCUGAAGGACCCUUGUUGUCAACCUCACGACUGUCGUCUCAAGCCUUCAUCUCAGUGUAGCGACUUACACCACACGUGCUGUCAAGACUGUCAAUUUAAGCAGCAAGGCACUCUUUGCAGAGAAGUAAAAACAGAUUGUGAUGUUCCUGAGUUUUGUCCAGGAGACUCGGGGGAUUGUCCUGGCGAUGCCUAUAUGAGCGAUGGCACACCAUGCAACAARACCAAUGAGCUGUUUAUUGGCAAUAAUGACAAGAAUAAUAUUGUCUCAAAUSGGCUGUCCCCACGCAUUCAAGCCCGGUACGUCCGUAUUAACCCGCGAUACUGGAAUCAAUUGAUUUGCAUGAGGACGGAACUCCUUGGAUGCCCUGCUGAUGAAGCAAUUUCUCCCACAAUGYCUACGGGUUUAAAACCUUUCAUGGAAAAUCAAAAGCUCUGUAUUGUACCCGCAAGUGAGUCCUGCUCUUCGUCAUCAAAGACCUACAUCAAAUAUAAAACCGGAUUUGAAUGUGAAGAAAGCUUUAUGGAGUUCAUGCUUGACGCUAGUGGAAUCCUUUGGCAUAAAUGUAGCAAUAGAAGAGUCUGUCCAGAAAGCGGGAAAGAUAAAGACGGCGUAAAACUCAUGUUGAGCAACRAUUGUCAAGAAGACGAUUCUAAAUUUGUUCGAACAGGAACACAUUCUCUAAAGCAUGUCAAAACCGGACGAUGUGUACAAUCUAAAGGAAAAACAGCAAAAAAUGGUGGAUUGUUGGUACUUCGUAGCCAAUGUGACGAGGAACGUCUUGCAAUAUCUUUCAUAAAAUCUGAUUGUUUGAUUCCUCUUGGGAUUGCUAAUGGAGUCGUUCCUGACAGUCAGCUGACGGCAUCGUCGUUUAAAGGUGAUUUUGCACCAUCAGAAGCAAGACUAUUUGGGAAGUCCCGUUGGUGCGCCGRCGAGACGAAGAAAAACCAGUACAUACAAAUAGAUCUGGGCAAGACACAAACAAUCUUCCAAGUGGUCACCCAAGGUCACGGAAAGUUCAACAGUUGGGUGACGGGUUAUCAUCUAUAUUACAGUAAUGAUGGGAGCCAUUGGACAGGGUACACCGAAAGCGGAGACGCUCUUCAUUCAAAUUCGUUCUGCUACACUGGGGUGUGCGGCGAGACACGAGAUACACAGUGCCGAGAUCUUUGGGGAGCAGAAACCAAAGAUGCUGACAAGGGUUGCUACGACAAGCUGAACACCGAGGCAAACGGAUACGGAACAUGUGACCCAACAUCUAAGUUACCUUGUGCUGUUGAAGAUGUAUUGUGUGGUCAAAUCCAGUGCGAUUCUGCAAGUAAAAUACCGGUGAAGGUCGACUAUGGUAAAAGUUACAAAUCUUUCACUCUUGACGAUUCAAAAUGCAGUGCGGCAGUUCUUAAGACAUCGGAUACACUUGGUCAAGGAAUGGUUCAGGACGGUACAAAAUGCGGCAAAGGAAAGAUGUGUAAAGAAUAUCAAUGCAAGUCAUUUGCUGAGCUUAAUAUCAAGAAAUGUCCUGUAGUUGAUGGCAAAGAGUGCAACGGACAAGGGGUGUGUACCAGCACUGGUGUAUGCCAUUGUUAUGGACUCUAUGAUCCUAAAACAGGCUGCAAAAAAGAUCUGGUCCCUCAAAAUGGUGGCUUCAGUAGUUGGUCUGAUUGGUCCAAGUGUACUGCCGGUUGCAAUGGCGGGAAACAAACUCGGCAUCGAUUCUGUAACAACCCAUUCCCAAUGUAUGGCGGGAAGGACUGCCAAGGAAAACUGCAAGAAGAACAGGAGUGUAACAAAGAUGCUUGUCCAAAAGCCAAUUCUUGUCGACAUCUUCAGUUCAUCGCCACCUCAAACAACCAGCUUUUCCCCGACGGAUUGUACAAUAUCUAUCCUGAAGGCCCCUUAAAUCCUCCAAUCAAAACGUAUUGUGACAUGUCACGUGAUGGAGGUGGAUGGACACUAUUGGUUUCUAGUGCAACAAAUACAUGGACUGAGGAUGACGUGACGUUUAGAAAUGCUGGAAAGCCGAGCUUGACUGAUGACUACUCCAUACUGAAAUAUGCUGAUGUUAUCAAAGAUAAUCAGAAAGUCCAAGGAUCAACAUUUGAGUAUCGUCUGGAGGCUAACAGACCAGGUCGUUGGGGCGGUAUUUGGGAGGCUGAUCGCCAAUAUACCUUCACAGCCAAAGACAACAAGCAAAUCAAUGUUCGACUUCUAAAGAAGUUCGAUGACUGGGAGUACAGUGCCCAGGGAAUAGAUGAGAGAAUGCCUUGGAUUUCUGGAGCUUCGCUUACAACGGCUAAGAAAAAUGGUUUUGGUUCAGUCACAGGCAAUUCGGAAAAGUAUUAUCCRGCACCGUGGAUCAAGGCCAAGAUGAAAAAACCUGAAUACAUUUGGUACUGGAUGCGUGAGGGUCCCUCCAAGCUCCAAGACUACCUUGUCUGAUAAAGUAUAGCAUGUUCCCUAUUUGAGCAGUACAAAGAACACAGACAUUAGGUCAAAACAUAAUAAAACAUAAAACCAAA